AUGGUGCUGCCUUUCAUUGCUGGAGUGGUUGGAGCUGGCUUCCUCGGCGACAGGGCCCUAAAGGCUCGCAUCCGCCAGUCGGGACAAGAAGCCCGCGGCGUCGUCACCCACAUGGGCAACACCACCGACAGGCUCCUGGUGAGGUUCCGAGACAUUGGGGGGCAGAUGGUGGAUGCCACGAUCGAGAAGGUCACUGACGGCUUUCAGGUGAUGGCGGAAAACCUGACGCAGCACGCCCAGGUGAUUCUGGAAACUGCCGAGGAAAAGGUCCGCUUGGCCAUCGCAUCGGGGGUCGAGGGGGUGCAGCAGAUCCUGCGUGUCGACGUUCCUCUCAGCGCCAGAUUGGGAGGCACUGGCCUGGUGCUGGGCCUGAGGGACGGAGUUGCGCUUGCUUUGGGAGGCAUUCCGGGAAUCCAAGUCGCUGAGACCGUGAACAACUACAUGCGCUCACCUGACAAAACGCCCCGGGACAUCAUCGACUUGCUCGUAAGGCAGGGCCAGGGCUCCCAAGACCAGAUCCUGGAUUGCUACUUCAUGGCCUUUGACUUCUACGGCAAGUCGACACUCGAUGCGGCGACUGCGUUCUUGUGGCAAUUCUGGAUCCUUGUGGCAGCCAAGAUGCACGCACCUCCCGACAACCGAGGUUACCUGAGGCAGGCAGUCUUUCGACGGAAUGCGUGGCAGCGUUUCCGAGAUAACAUGAAUCGCCACAAGCUCACCGACCGAGCGCUCGCUAUCGUGGAAGUUUUGCCGGAGAGCACAGGCGCGGUGCCGGAAGAGUUGCAGGAGCAGCUGGCAGACACCGUCUACGAGGCCCUUGCCUUGCAGCAAGCCAGCCGUCCCGCACUGCCUGCAGUGCCCGCCCCAGAGCCGGCACCGACCAUGAUCGUGACCCCCUUCGAUGCAGCACCAGUCCAGGAAGGACAGUACUACCGAAUCGCGGCCAAGUGUGGAAAGGUACUGGAUGUGAUGGGCAACCGACUUGACAACUCCACCCACGUGCAGCUAUGGGAGGAGCACCGGGAUGCCAGAAACCAGUGCUUCAGCUUCCAGAAGCAAACAGAUGGAUACUGGUUCAUCAUUGCCCGGCACAGCGGCAAGGCCAUGGACGUCACAAAUCGCGAGACGGCGCCCGGGACUGCCAUCAUCCAGUACACCAAAGCUCCCAGACAUGAGCGGGAUCACCAGGCCUUUGGAAUCGUGCCCAAACCAAAUGGCUUCUUCUCAAUCCGAGCCCGUCACAGUGGACUGGUGCUUGAAAUCAAGGACGCUUCCACCGUCAAUGGGGCCGUGUUCCAGCAAGCCGAGGAAGACGGAGGAGACAAUCAGCUUUUCAGCUUCGAGAGGGUUGCUGGCCACCCACCAAAUGGCUUGCCGGAGACGAAGUGGGUUGAUCGUCAGGAUGGAAACUACCACUUUGCGGACAAUGACAGCGGCUGCCGUGCCAGCGAGGAUUUAGAGUACUACACCUAUGAUGACCCGCAUUGGCUCAUGCUGGGUCACGCGCAUAACAAAAAGUCCUUUCUCGUUGUGAGCGCGGCAGACCACCCAAGCGUCCGGAUAGCCACCGGCUGGAAGCGGAUUUGGGACGACCGGGGCGGCCGCGGCAACCGAGACUUUGGCAUGUUCAUCCCGCAGUGUGACGACAACCACUUCAAGGCUGUGGGAGUAGUGUGGCAGAAGGGCGCGAAUCAUUCGAGGCAGGAGCCCAACAGGCAGCUUGCUGGCCGCAUGGCCGUCCUGCACGAGGACAUCCUGCGGACGGCCACGCUGGGUGAACACGUAUGGAGGGAAGCUAGGCGUUGUCGGGGUAGGUAUUGUAAGUUGUUUUUUUCAAGGUUAACGUGCUGUAAAAGAAGCCGGAGAGAGGCCAUGGGCUUUCAACUUCUCGUUGUGUUACUGCGAGACUGA